AUGAGACAGGGGCGCAAACAACCGCAGCGAUGGAUGCAUCCGGAACCUUUCAUAUACAGCAACCAGGCAACAGGAGGAGGAGAGAGGAGGAGCCCACCACAAGAAGCUACAGGAAACAGUCCAUUCACUAAGGGAAAGGACCUGUCCAGUCGCAGCAAAACAGACCUAGCUUGUAUUUUUGGGAAGCGAUCGAAACGAGAGACAAGAGACCAAGAUGAGGGAAGCAGUGGGCCUGACUCUCAGGAAGAGCGAGAAGAGGACAAAGACACAGCAACUAAUCCGAACCCAGAGACGCAAUCAAACACAGUGACCAGCACACUGACCAUGCAAGAGUACUUCGCCCAGCGGAUGGCCCAGAUCAAGAAGACUCAGGCAGGACGAGACCCAGCCGCAUCUUCUGAGGUCAGCAGCAGUGCACCUUCUCCUCUGGCUGCAUCUGCCUCCAUGGAGGACUCCCCCAACACCAGUGAUAUGGAACAGUCCAAAAAGAAGAAAAAGAAGAAGAAAGACAGGGAGAGUGAAAGAGAUGGCAUAGAGGAUGAUGCACUGACCUCAGUAACAGGAGAGAGUGUUGAAGAGCCAAAUCACUCACAGAAAAAGAAGAAAAAGAACAAGAGGAAACGAGAGGAGCGGGAUGAGGAUGGGACUCAAGUGGGCAGCACUCCUUCAGUAAUGGAUGGCACCACUGAAGAAGACGCUCCCACCACAGGAAAGAGGAAGAAGGAGAAAAAAACAUCUCCAGAGGUUCAUGCAGAUGAACUUAAAACAAUAGAAAUUGAGAAUAUGGACCGUAAAGUUUCAGAUAAAAAGAAAAAGAAGAAAAAGAGAGAACGGGAUGAAGAGGAAGGAGCAACUGAGGAAGUGGGGCCCAAAAAGAACAAGAAAUAAAUGAAAAAAUGAUUUAUUUUUUUUACAAUUGACUGCUCUUGAAACUCACCAUCAUGAUUUUAAUAUUGAGAUCACCAAAAUGAAUGACAACGAAGGCGAUGAAUUUACAUUUAGAAUUGGUUUGUUUCUCCAUAUUUAAACUAAAUGACAAAACAUUAAAAAAACAACAGCAGCA